CGCGUCUCAAUUAAGCGAGCGCGUCUUCCUUGACUUCCAGGUUCACAAAAGUUUCUAGAAGACUUCGAGUUGCAGAGGUCAACGUACAGCAGAACUCCAAGGCAUGCCAUACAACUUGAACAGCACAAACCAAAGCCAAGAACACAGACGGUAUGCCUCCUCGCCGGAAAUCAACAGAUCAGCACGAUCUAGUCGAACGCCCCUCUCGAAAGCGGCCACUCCCUGCCGACCCCUACGAAGUUCCAGAUGAGGACGAUGCGAUUCCCUCCGCAAAACGUCAACGGCGACAAUCAGAAGAUGGAGGAACACCUUCAAAGCGAAACGCUACCCCGCGGAAACAGGUCGAUUUCCUCCAGCACGACCUAGCCUCUGUGCCAGAAGAACCCGAGUCACCUACCGAGCAGACACCCAGCAAGAAAAGGAUAGGGCGACCACCGAAGGCCAGAACGGGAGGAACACCAAGUGGCAAGCCGAGCACACCAUCCGCCCUGCGCAAGAAACAAGUCGACGAGACACCGAUCAAGCUCAAAGGAAUCAAUGGCGUCGACACACCUGGUAGGCGAGGAAUUGCCGAUCGAUCGGCUAGACGGAAGAGUGCCAGGGCUCUCAUCGACCGUGUGCUGGAGGGCGCUGUAAGCGAUGACGAGGACGAAGAGCAACAAAUCGCACGAGAGAUCUACGAGUCAAGCGAGGAAGAAGAGGAAGGAGAUACCCAACCAGAAAACCUCGCCGACCAAGAGGCCGAGUUAGCAGCAGCCACUCCAUCCAAGACAGGGAGGGGGAGAGGACGAGGAGGCAGGCCCCCCGGUUCAGCACGACGAAAGAAAUCGCCCACACCACCCCGAGACCUUCCUCCCCACGAGCAAUACUUCUACCAGAACAAGCCGGGAUCCAACAAAACCUCCAACAACACGCUCUCCUCGCUCGACCUCCUCACCCACGAAGAAUACUUCUCGCUUCUCCGCAACCUGGGUCAGGACCCCCACGAAAAACAUAUCAAAGCCCUCCAGUCGCAACACGCCGCCUCCUUCCCCCAAUGGGCCUUUGAGCUCUCCCAGGGCUUCAGCGUCUGCCUCUACGGCUACGGCUCCAAGCGUCGACUAUUGCACCAAUUCGCCGAGUACCUCUUCACCUCCGGCGGCAAUGACACAAACAAGACAAUCAUCAUGAUCAACGGGCACACCCGCACCCUUACCUUCCGCGAGAUCCUCACCACCAUCUCGGCCGCCAUCGACCCCACCUUCCGCCUGCCCUCCGGGAACCCGCUCGCCAUGAUCCAGAACCUCUUCACCCUCCUCUCCUCCUUUUCGUCCUUACGCUCCUCGUUCAACUUUGCAUUUCACGACUGCACCACUUUUGUAAACCACAGCAAAGAGUUGGACGUAGUAGACGAAGUACACGAGUUACUGGGUAGAAUGGGCAAGAGAGCGGGUGGCAAGGAAGGAGUGGCGUUUGUGUUGCGGAGUUUACCCGAGAACGCGAGGAAGUUGUUUGGGCUGAUUGUGGGGGAGGUUUUGGUGGCUUUGGAGGACGGUGGUGGUGGUGGUACAUCAGGGGCAGGGGAGUUUGCAGCGGGAGGAGAAGGGCCGGGGGUAGAGUAUAGGAUGCUUUACAACAAGGCUGUGGAGGAGUUUAUUUGCAGUUCGGAGAUGGCGUUUAGGACGCUGCUCAAAGAAUUCCACGAUCAUCAAAUCAUUACGAGUCACAAGGACUCGAUAGGGACGGAAUAUUUGAGCUUACCUUUUAGGAAAGAGGAGCUGGAGUCCAUCCUGGAGGAGUUGAUGUCAUAGUGAUGAUUCACAAUAAUGCAAAGUUUUGAAUCGAGACGAAUGGGACACACACAGAUUUGACCUGGAAGUUAUCACACACACGGCAACACCCACCACAUGUGUUGGACUGGAAGCCUACACAUAUCAUAGUCUUGACAUAUCCAAAGUCCUGGAACGCUCACCACAUUGAAUAUCACUUGAUCCAGUCUCAUGAU